CCACCGAGCCCGUAUCUUAUCUGAGGGAGUCACCUUAACUAUUUGAGAGACGCUGGAAAUGUCAAUUCUUGAAAACAAAAAUCAAAAUUCUCAAAUCCCUCCCUGGUUUCACCUCUCCCUGUCUCUCUCAUCUCCUCCAACCUCUGGGAAUUCUGCCCCCUUGAUCAUCCUCAAAUUCAAACAUUGCACCAUUGACGGCUGUCCCUUCAGCUACAACAGCCUUAAAUCUCUGCUCUUUCCCUCCCCUCCAGCCUUAAGACACCUCAACACCCACCUCUGACCAGUUUUUUUUUACAUCUGGCCUUGCGUAGCUCAGUGUCAAACUUUGUUGUCGAAUAUCACACCCGCGGAGAGCUUUGUGAUUUCUUUUUCUUUGCCAAGAUAUAUAAAUGCAGGUUGUUGUUGUAUAGUGUAUGCAGCGUUAAAAGGAGCGCUAACACUGCAGCCCGUGUACAGUUACACGAUCCCACUUCCAGCCACAUCACCGUGCAGUUUGUAUAUGGAAUUACUAUGAAAAGUGUAUGAUUGUGCUGCGUCAGUUACGGAGGUGAUGUUUCUUUAAUUAAAGGAACAGGGUCUUCGCUUGCACAUUGCUGUGUUUUUUUCUCUCUCUGAGAGAAGAUUGCCCUGCAUAUAUUUAAAUUAGAAAUGAUUUGCAAAACCAUCUUGCUGCGUACAGAACGUUUGUCAGUCUCUUUUCCAGAUUAUUGCAUUUGUUGUGCAAACGAGUAUCCUCAGUGGUUGCUGCACUGUGCAGAGCUGGAAGAGCUGGGUGCGAGCGAAUACAAAGUUGGAGACAGAAAGAGAGAGAGAGAAAGAGAGGCAGCCUCCAGUUUUGGUGCAGAGGUUGGCUUGUUGCGGGCUGGCUCCAGGGGGAGGGUGAGAGACACAGAGAGAGGGAGGGGGCGGUGUGGGUUGAGGGCUCGCCUUCACACAAUAGUACCGAGAGGAUCAGCUCCCACUCGACAUUUAGACUCGUCAAUCAGGAUUAAUGGACCCGCUGUAUAAAAACUCAUCGCGGCUUCUCGAACACACACACAAACGCUUCCAGCUCUUUUAUUUAUAUGGAUGUUUCUGUGGCUCAUUGCCUUGCGACCAUUAACCUUUGGUUGAUCCUGGACAGAGAACAGAAGAAAGAAAUAAAAUGUUGAAAAGAAAAGCUCGUGGCUUUUAGAAAGAACAAGUGAAAUUGACUGAACAGGAGACAGUGAAAUUAACACGCACUUUAAAAGGGGGCACAGAGGAAAAAAAAACUUUUUUUUGCUAAACUUGCAAGAGGACCGGUUGCAGUUCCCCUUUUUUUUCCUCCUAUGUGUGUUUGUGUGUCGUUGUUUUAGAAUGAACACACAGAUGGACUGGAGGAGCCUGGCUUCCCUCCUGCUUUUCCCCGUGCAGAUGGUUUUCUACGUGGUGAAAGCCGCCGUGUCGCUGCUCCUGCCGGCCAGACCGAGGGAGUUGAGCCGGGACACGGUGCUCAUAACCGGGGGAGGCAGGGGAAUCGGCCGCCACCUCGCUCUGGAGUUCGCCAAGCAAGGGGCGAGGAAGAAUCUCCCAAGAGUGAUUUGCACGCUGGUGUCUAAACAUGGAGGACCUGUACUGUCUGUUUUAAUAGCCGUCACACCUCAACAACACAAGCUUGUCGAGCCGGAAAGCCCAUUCAAACUCCGAUUGAAUUUGUUGCUGUACAUCAAAGACUGCAUUGCAUUUAUUUUCCAAAUUAUAUAUUUGAAAGAAGUUAGUCUGUUGGAUUUCCAGUGUCCGAAUGCUCCCAGAGUGCUGGCUCUUUCCAGUGACCUACAGGCUCCCAUCGCCCCUGACAGCUCGCCAGGAACAGCUAUUCCUGUGUACGAAACUGGAAGGCUGUUUUACCAAAUGUGGUCCAUUGCAGGCCCAGUGGAUGCAUUCUCAAGAACAGGUUUGGGGUCAGGUCAGUGCCAAAGUGAUAAGUGCAGGCCCUUUCUGCCAUCCCUGAGGUGUCUGCACACAUUCCAGCCCACCCUUUCCUUGAGGUCGAUUUACGCUGGAACUGUGUGCCGACCCCUUGGGGUGGUGUUAAGCAGAAAUGUGAUUCCCUUGUGUAUUGUUUUCUCCUGCUGCAGAUUUCCCAAGCUGUUCCCUCCCCUGAAGCCGGACACGGUUGCUCGACGGACAGUGGAAGCAGUACAGACUAACCAGGCCCUCCUGCUGCUACCCUGGACCAUGCACUUACUGGUCAUCAUGAAAAGUAUCCUCCCUCACACAGCUUUGGAAGAGAUUUACAGGUUUACAGGAAGCUACGCGUGUAUGGACAGCUUCAAAGGACGAACAUAAGAGGGAGACCCCCACACUGAUCCCACCUGAAUCUUGCAAGCAAGCUGGAAAAUGAACUUUGAACAGAAUGUGUGCACUGCAGGCAGCUCUGUGGAUGUUUUCCGUCAUAUCUUGCAUAAUGUUAAGAAUUGGAUCCACACAGUGGCAUCAGUCCUGAGCUCCCUCAAGGCAAACUGUGUACAAUCAAACUGGACGUUUAAUGUGUGGACCAGAAACACAAUCAAGGUGACUUGUUCCUUGAGUUAAAUAUCAAAAUAUGUGACUUUGGAGUGUUGGAAAUGGUUCACCAGGAAUGCUACAUUGCUUCUACUCCUAAAUGUGACAGUUGCUAUUCCAUGUGAAUAUACCAGAUGUUUUUUAUUCACACUGUGGCAAUGACUCCUUACAGCUCCACUUGACUCUGUGUUUAAUGACAGGAAUGUCACAGAAAUUCAUCACUUUUCAUUUUAAAUCAUAUUGUAAAUUUUAAUAUUUAAACUGUAAUUUACUGUCUGGCCUAAAACCAUUAACUAUUUUUCCUCUUUCUUGGAUUUAGUAAAUGAAUAAAAUAGAAAACAAACUGUC